UUUCUGUUCUUGCCGCAAACUUCAUUCUUCUGUGAGUACUUUUCUUCUUGACCUCACCGUGCUUUUAUUUUGUAUUCUUGAUGUGAAAAAGUGAAUGAAAUCAUAUAAGUUUUAGAUUUUGUUGUUCAUUCUUCAACGAUCCCUAGCGGCACGAUUGAUAGAGCUUUGGACCUGGUAUUGGUUAAAUUGAUUAUAGUGAAUAGAGAUUCUAAGAACCUGAUACUUGAUUUGUUUCUAUUAUUCGAUAAAUCACUAGGUUCAUGAAUCUAUAGGUUUUAAAUAGUGUGUCGGAUAUAUGUAUUUGUAUGUAUGAGUGGGAUUUUUUUAUUUGAUAUAUAUGACUUUAUUCACUUAUGAUCCAUUGAUUUAUUUGGUUACGAGUCUUCUAUUCUUAUGAAUGAAGUGAUUAUUGUUUUAAUCUAAUAUACCCAAUUUGAGUUGGUAUGUGCUGUUUGGAACUGAUUUUUUUUUUUUUUGACUUUUGUGUCUUUUAACUUUCCAGUUUUUAAUCCAAAACACUUACUGCAUGCAAGUGCAACAAAGCUAAUCCAUGAAAAUCAUUUUAAAUGAUGAAUACAACAAUACUCGAAAAUUUAAAUGAUGACGUCAACUAAUAAAGAAGAAAUUAUAUUUCAAUGUCAAAAAUAUAAAUUAUUUAAUAAACUAGAUAUUUACACAAAAAAAUAUCUUGGCGCAUGAUACUUAAUUCAUUUUGAUUACUUACACCAAAAAAAAAAGAAAAAAAAAAAGCUUAUUGGCAUGCAGAGUACAAAUACCGAGGAAGAUAUCUAAAGACGUGUUUAAAAAUGAAGAGACGAUAAGAAUCAAUGAGAGAACUUCAGUGCUGGGUUUGAGUUCUGUCCAAUAAUACAUCACCACGUCAUCAUUUUUGUCCUUUACUAUCUCAUUACAUUCUUCUGUUAUUCCGUUAUUCGCCCAAUUCUUACAGUCAUUAGCCAUGUCAUCAUUUUUCUCUUUGAAGCCGCCAAAUAUCAAAAAACACAAAACCUUUACCCGAAGCAAAGUAGCUGCUUACUUGCCAUAUUUAUAAGCCAUGUUUCUUCAUCUAAAGCAAAGUAUUUUCGAGUUCUUGAACCAAAAAAGAUCAAACAAUGUCUAAAGAAGCUGAGAUGUCGAUCGCGGUGUCGGCUAUGUUCCCUGGUUUUAGAUUCUCUCCGACCGAUGUGGAACUUAUCUCGUACUAUCUUCGUCGUAAAAUCGAUGGCGAUGAGGACUCUGUUGCUGUGAUUGCUGAGGUCGAGAUUUACAAGUUCGAGCCGUGGGACUUGCCAGAGGAAUCGAAACUGAAAUCGGAGAACGAGUGGUUUUACUUCUGCGCGAGGGGGAGGAAGUACCCGCACGGGUCACAGAGCCGGCGAGCCACAAAACUUGGAUAUUGGAAAGCGACUGGUAAAGAGCGGACUGUUAAAUCGGGGAACCAAUUUGUUGGAACCAAGAGAACACUUGUUUUUCAUAUCGGUCGGGCUCCUCGAGGCGAGAGAACCGAGUGGAUUAUGCAUGAAUAUUGCAUCCAUGGCGCCCCUCAGGAUGCAUUAGUGGUGUGCCGGUUAAGAAAAAAUGCUGAUUUUCGGGCUAGUUCGAGUCAAAAGCAAAUGGAGGAUGGUAUUGUGCAAGACGAUGGCUACGUUGGCCAAACCGGUGGUUCGGAAAAGGAGGAGAAAUCGUAUUCCGUUUAUGAUCAGCUACCAAAUGGUGACAUCGCAGAAUCAUCAAACGUUGUUGAGUAUCAGGCCGAUACCGAUGAUGAUUGUUACGCCGAGAUUCUAAACGAUGAUAUAAUAAAGCUCGAUGAAGAAGCAUUGAAAGCUAGCCAAGCUUUUCGACCAACUAAUCCAACUCAUCAAGAAACAAUAUCCAGCGAGUCAUCAUCGAGUAAGAGGUCAAAAUGUGGUAUAAAAAAGGAAUCAACGGAAACAAUGAAUUCUUACGCUUUGUUCAGGAUAAAGAACGUUGCCGGAACCGACUCCAGCUGGAGAUUCCCGAACCCGUUCAACAUCAAGAAAGAUUAUAGCCAGAGAUUAAUGAAGAAUGUUCUGGCCACUACUGUUUUCUUGGCUAUCUUAUUUUCCUUUUGGACUGUAUUAAUAGCUAGGAACUAUAGUUAGUUACGACAUACAUGUCAUGUCCUGUUCUGAGUUCUGUCUGACGCACACUUAUUACUACUUGGUACUACGAAAUACGAAUAUAUUGAUAGAGUAACUCCACCUGUUUUGUAUGUUUGUAAAUAUUUUCUAUACACGCAUAACAACAAAUGGUCUUUGCAAUA